AUGGCUGCGAAUCAGGGAUCGAUCAAGGAAGCAACAACUGAUUAUUUCUCUUCCCUCAUGUCAGGGGAUGCCACUCCUCAUGCGGGUGACAUGCUCGAAGUUAUCCUGCACGCUAUCUCCUUGGCAGACAACGACUCCUUGAUCCAAGUGCCGCUGUAUGACGAGGUCCUGACAUCGGUGAAGGGCCUCCCUCCAGAUGAGGCUCUUGACCCGGAUGGCUUCCCGGCUUUGUCCAUAUUCAGAGGGAGAACAAUUCCGCGGGCAUUUACUGCGACCCUGAUAUGCCUAAUCCCCAAAACACUGGCUCCUAAGAAGUUUUCUGAUUUCCGCCCUAUUAGCUUGUGCAAUUGUGUUUAUAAAAUCUUUUCCAUGCUUAUUGAUGAUAGGCUUAGCAGGUUCCUACCAAAGAUCGUCUCGAUUGAACAAGGGGCUUUCGUUCAAGGGAGGUCCAUAGCCGAGCACUGCGCUCUUACACAAGAGGUCUUUAGAGAUAUUGACAGGAAAGCUAGAGGAGGAAAUAUUCUUAUCAAGUUAGACAUGGAGAAGGCAUAUGACAGGCUGGACUGGGGAUUUCUCAAGGCAGUCCUUCGUUGUUUCGGUUUUAGGGAGACCUGGAUUGCUCAGGUAGAAAAGUGUUGGAGUAAUUCUUGGUCUCAGUUCAUGUCAACGGGGAACCUUGCGGCUUCUUCCGUUCGACUAGAGGUCUUCGCCAGGGAGACCCCAUCUCACCAGGGCUCUUCAUCCUAG